ACUGGGUGGUGAUCAAGGACUGUACAGCCUGUACACCUUCACACGCUGGGGACAUUCCAGUAGAUACUAUUGUGGAUACGGCUAUAACACAUCGGACUUAACGCUGUACUGGACGUAUAUAUACAUUUGUACUUGGAAUCUACCCAGUAAGCACUGGAGUGAAUUUGGAUGUAUUUACAUGCGAGAACUUCACCACUGCUGAGAGAAGGGAAUUUAACCAAAGUUUGUGAAGCAUUGGACUUUAGUUGGGAACUUUUUUUUCAUUGGAUUUACUUGAUGCCAACGUAACACUGUUCCUGUACCAACAUCACGACACGGCAUUUCCGCCAUCAUGUCGACUUUAUCUUUACCCAGGCAACAUGGAUUUCAUGCUAUACAGGAGCCGAUAGCUACCCGUCCAGAUGUCUCAUCUUUGGCCAUGCUGUCUUCUUCCUGUAACCGAAUCGGCCAGGGGCCCUCGUCUGAUUUGGUCAAACCUCACGCUCACUCUAUGAUGCCGUUCCCGUUCGCUGGGAUGGGUGCCCAACCCGGUGCCUUUCCCCCGGGGCUUGCCCAGCUACUCUUAGGGCGUGAGGCCAGCGCCGCAGCGGCAAUGAGAUUAGCAGAAUUGUCGGCUGUAAGCGUGUCCCGUGCCUCGGAAUCCUUAGCCACCAUGCAACCUCCCCACUCUCCCUCCUUCAACUACGACAUGCACCAGGCGAGAUUGAUACAACAGAACAUUCUGGCCGCAGGGCAGGGAUUUCUUCCAACACCAACCCCGUCCCCGGUUCUCUCACCUGUGGCGCUUCCCAUGUCACCAUGCGGCCUCCCACCGAAACAGGUAUCCCCACCCCCGGCGUCAGAGGCUGACAUACCGUGGUGGAGUUUACAGUCCCCGUCCCCAUCAUCACAAGUCCAGUCACCAAUGUCCCCGCUCUCGGUGGCGAUAUCGUCCCCAGAGUACAAAUACAUGCCUCCUCAGAUGAUGCUAGCGCAGCGAGGCUCGCCGUCCGAAGUCAGAAUGGGGUUAUCUCCCAUGUAUUCAGGAAUGAAGCCGAUGGCGGCCGCCAGGCGGUGUCGUCGUUGUCGCUGCCCGAACUGUCAAAAUCCGAAUAACUCGAACCCUUCCAAAAAGAAGCAGCAUAUCUGCCAUAUUCCGGGUUGCGGGAAAGUCUACGGGAAAACGUCUCAUCUGAAAGCGCAUUUGAGGUGGCAUUCCGGAGAAAGACCGUUUGUCUGCAAUUGGUUGUUUUGUGGCAAGAGCUUCACGCGCUCCGAUGAGUUGCAGCGCCAUCUACGGACGCAUACGGGAGAGAAGCGGUUUGCCUGCGAGGAAUGCGGGAAGCGAUUUAUGCGUAGUGACCAUCUGAGCAAGCACAUCAAAACUCAUGAGAACAAGAAAAUCAAACAGAAAUCCGACUCCGGCUCUGAUCAGCCUUUAACUCCUUCUACGGACGAAGAAAUCUACAGUGACGAAUUGAAAUCCGAUCCACGUGACUUUUCAGACGAAGAAGACGAAAUGAUCGACGUAGAUUACUGCGAAUCAGACGUUGAACUAGAAAACAUAGUUCCCUUGAAUCAGUUAACUGGUGCUUUGAUGUAAUUUAAAUUAAUGUUAUUAUUAAUCAUUUUGUUAUUUUGGAAUCAGAAAAAUUUUGUGACUGAAUAUGUCGUUGUCCUAUACAUAUUUACUAUGUUUGAUGUGGUGCCUAUAUUGUCAUUGUUAGAUUUAAUCUAUUUUUCACAUAUUUGUAAAGCUUGCCUUAUAAUUGUGUCCAAAAAAUUCGAGUCAAAGAUUAUAAAAUUAUAUACACAAAGAAAAGUGAUCUAUAUUUUUUGUCGAAAAAAGUUCCCCUGGGAUCUAUUUUUCCACGCGCGCUUUUACAAAAAGUGUGUUCAUCAUGUGAUGUUUAGAGAAGUUUGUUAACAAGAGUG